AUGAUGCCAAGUUUCAUCAUCCUAUCUUCCCUAGAAAUACAGGCUAACACCUGCUAUAUUUUCCUCGGGUUUGGCUUUGGUCUUGUCAUGUCUGGUACCAUCUGUGUACAUGAUGAUAUGCUUCUUGCAGCUUGUCUGGAUAUUCGAGACAGGUUUUCUGGUGCUGUUGAAGAAUUUUCUAGGAGAAAUGCUUCAGGUUCUGGUCGGCAUGGUGAACACUCGAGACACAAAUCAGAUGAUGUACCUUUGUCUAAAGAUGUGUUCAUCGCCGCUCAAAGGAGUAGGACGCCGACCACCGCUGCUGCCUCGCACGCCAGCCACCGCGAAGCCAAGGAGGCGCCUGCUCAGCCGCAACCUCAUAAACGCAAAGUCUCGCUCAAAAAGACCGUGAAAAUUGGUAGGCCUGGCUAUAGGGUGACAAAACAGUUUGAUCCAGAGACAAAACAAAGAUCUCUCCUUUUUCAGAUUGAAUAUCCUGAGAUUGAAGACAAUACAAAGCCGAGGCAUAGAUUUAUGUCCUCCUUUGAGCAGAAAAUCCAGCCAUUUGACAAAAGAUAUCAAUAUCUUUUGUUUGCUGCAGAACCAUAUGAGAUCAUUUCUUUUAAGGUACCAAGCACAGAGAUUGACAAGUCAACUCCAAAUCCGGCCGCCGGCUCUGUUCAUCGUCACAGAUUGACAACAAGGCCAAAGCAGACUAAAUCUACAACCAAUCGUUAUGCCUUGGACCCGUGUCCAGCAUGCUUGCUGGACACAGCCAAGCUAUUUGCAGCAACCAUUUUCUGA